CUAGAAGAAGUGCUGGUGAUGUGGCAAUUUUGAAUCUUUUUAACAAGUGUGGGUCUUCAGUUGGAAAGUUCAGAAGUAAAAAAGCUGUAAUGCUUUCACUGAUUAAAUGAUUAAUGAUACGUUUGCAUAUUGCGCAAUAAGACAGGAAGGGUUAGAUUAGCUUCCUCGGCUCUGUCUGCCAGUUCACAUGGGUCUAGUCUGGGUUGUCUGGUUUGCUUCCACCUCCCAGAAACAUGUCAGUAGAUGAUUUUGGAACUCUCUCAUAUGCCCCUAGGUGAAUAAAUGUGCGAUCGUGUUGUUGAAAAAUGAAUGAAUGAAUGAAUUAAUGAUUAUUCUCGUAAAAUAAAUACGUGCUGUGAUCUUUUAAUGCAUCAAGUCUGAGAGCUCCUGGUCCAUGUGGUUUCUUUGCGUGUGUUCUGAGCUCUUGAAGGGUUAGCGCCAUGCAGUUACAGCAGCACCUGUUUUGCGGGAUGCACACGUCUCACGGUGAAACCUCAGAUUGUUAGUUCUUUUCCCAGUAUGAGUGGAAGCGCCUGUGUGUUAGUGUGCGUUUGGUGUGUCAUAGCUGCCACCCCCGCACAUCUUCAAGUCUCAGCCACAGAGAGGGAGAGUGGAGGGGAGUGAAAGGCCGCUUGGAUGCGUGGGAGAUCCCCUUAACUUUGUAUUAGAUCAGAUGUAGACACGCUGCGCUUCCAGUCUGUGUUGCGGCUGCGGAGGGGAGAGAGGAUGGCGCACACGGCCAGAGCGCACGUUACCUGGAUGUCCGCAGUGAUCAUGGUAGCUGUAACAGCCUCUUGUGUUACCUGGCUCAUCGUGUCCAAGGAGACUAUCCCCAGAGUAAAAAUCAUCAACGGUACAUCAAUGGCAAAUAUGUUCAGAGUUCCACCUUCCACAGCACAGCAUUGUCUUUUAAAAGUGCACAACUCUACAAAUGGCAAUCAUCUGGCCUGGGAGGAGGAGGGGUGUGUCGAGAAUUUCUCCCUGAAUGACGACAAAACCUCAAUAACAGUGAAGGAGCCGGGUGUUUAUCUGGUCUACGUCCAGCUGACAUACAGUCUCAAAAAGGAUGGAAACAGCUCUAACAUACACCUCAAUUUGACCGUGGAGUUCACUUAUACCGAGGACAAGGUAGAAUUCAAUGGUGCCUUUGACAACCGGCAGCUCACAGAGAAGGAGCAAGACGCCCAUCUCACAGCCUUCUUCCUGCUCAAAAUGACAGCUGGGAACAAACUCUCCAUAAUCGCAUAUCCGAAGAACAGGAUAAAGUAUGACGAUGUUCGGCCAUUCUCCAGUUACAUCACCAUCGUUCGGUAUGCUGACUUAUCAGGAUGAGAAGGAAAGAAACUAUCAGCUUCAGUUCAGACAUAUGCUCUAUGUUUAUGUCAGCUCUUUUCCUUCUUGCUAUUUAAGUCACAAAACUGAAGUUCUUCUGUGAUGAUGUCCAAACGAUGACCAGUGGCAUCAGAGGCUUUCAUGAAGUUAAAUCGAGAAAUGCUUAAACCACAAGAAGAAAUAUGACAACUCAACAAAUUCGGGUUGUUUGUGUAGGGAGGUGCAAUAUUUACCUCAGUAAUUUUUUCUUUGUUUUGUUUUUUUUCCCCUCCCCCUUUGUUGCAUAAUGUUCCCGACUCAUGAUUUUCUGAGAAGCAUGACACAUUUUCCGCCCAUUAGAGACAAAAGUGAUUUUCACUUUGUUUCAGGUUCAUUAUGACUCAGUUGAGAAAGAGCAUCAUGCCUGUUUCCUCAUUUCUCGGUUUGACGAAAUGAGCACACACACGUUAAUGUCACUUCCACUAGCUGCUGCAAUUGACGCUUCAUUACAUUUAUGAAACGGGGGAUCUUUUUUUUUUUUGGGAUGGUGUUUCUGUGAAAGCUGUUUGUCCCAUUAUUCUGAAAACAUGUACAACAACAAGCUGAAUGUGAUGUUUUAAAGCAUCCUCUUAGAGGACGAUCAUGUCAUUUUAAAACUGUAAAUGUGUACCAGCAAUUUGGAGAAAUUCUCAGUACCAUAAGGAUAUAGUUUAGCAAUAAGUGACGAGCACCAUUACGUAUUCCUCUUUGUGUUUGUUUGGGCUUUUUGUUGUUUUGUUUUGGGGUUUUUUUUCUUCCUUGCAGAGUAUCAUCCAUUAAUACCCUCAUUAUUAUAUAAUCUAAACCAAAAAUCAAGCUAUGCGAUUUCAUUAAAGCUUUUAUCAUUAUGUUUAUUUCUAUGGUUUAGGGAAAAUGUAGAUGUAUCCAUUUUGCUUCAACACUUAAUAUAAAUGUAGUAUAUUUAACACAGAGUUGAAAUGUCAGUGAUGCUCUUCAGGUAGUACCACUAAGGUUUCUUUUUUCCUGAUAAUCCUUAUUUUUGAUAAAGAUUUAUAAAUAUGAAAGAAAGUGAGGUAUGUCAUACCAUAACACACUAAUUUAACAGGCAUAAAGCUGAAAUCUGUGGCAUUGUGAUCAUCAAUAUUAAGAUAUUUUGGCACCUCAAGUAAUAUAUUUUCUCCAGGUCUUUUGUAAUAGUCUCAGGGUUGACUGUAAUGUUCUUGAUUUCCUAAUCAAACUAAUGAUUUAACUUAAAGUCAUCUUUACAAGAAGAGUUGCAUGACACACAAUACACACAAUUGCAUGACACACAAUAUAUCACAACCAUUUUCCUUGUUUUGAAUUUGUUAUGAGUCAGCUGAAAGAAAAAAGAAAAAAAAAAAGCAUUCCACUUCUGUAAGGUCAGAUAAGUUUAGGGCUGCUGAUCAGAAUUCUAAAGACAUUUUUUAAAUCAUUAUUUUGUGUUUUUGUUUGUUUUUUGUUGCAAAGUGGCCUUGCUUGUGAAGUGAGCAAGGCCAUAUAUAAAUUAAAUAUGAUUAUUAUUGUUAUUAUUAUUAUUAUUAUUAUUAUUAUUAUUAUUAUUAUUAAAUCCUCAGUAUUGACAUUUGAGCAACUACUCUUCAGACAUAUUUGAUUGUAUAUGAUAAGUAUUUUUUCAUUGUUAGCCUGAACGAUACACUCAUGUUGAAAAAUUGUAGUGGACUACUGCCUUUGUUCUCAAAUUGCUCAGCAAUAUUGUAUUUAUCUACUGCAUUUUCGUAUAAAUUGUAAUUAUUUGUUAUUUAAAGCGAUAAAUUCAUUUCAUAAUUGCA